AAGCAAGACGCGUGCUACCGGGAAGCAGUUUUCGCUUUGGUCCCGUAUCUGUACAUCCAUUUGACAUCACCCUUAGCCAGCAGUUGCCACUCUAUUUUUUGAAUUCGAGAGUAUGGGUAGGAGCAACGAAGGUCGUUUGUACGUAGGCCGCCUAUCGCAUCGAACACGUGAGCGCGAUUUGGAGCGCCUAUUCUCACCCUACGGAAGAAUUCGCGAAAUACUUCUGAAGUCCGGCUUCGCGUUUGUCGAAUUUGAAGACACACGGGAUGCCGAAGACGCAUGCUACGAGCUCAACGGGAAAGACCUUCUCGGUGACAGGAUCGUAGUAGAGAUGGCUAAAGGCACUGAAAGAGGUCGCGGCGGACUCCCCAUGAGGGGACAGCGCGAUAAGGGAUGGAUGGACAAGUACGGACCCUUUAAGAGAACUGAUUAUCGGGUCAUCGUUGGCAACCUAUCAACGAGGGUCAGCUGGCAGGACCUGAAGGACAUGAUGCGCAAGGUCGGCUGUGAAGUCUGCUACGCUGAUGCACACAAACAUCGCAAGAACGAAGCGGUCAUCGAAUUCGCCACAAGAUCAGACAUGAAACGCGCCAUACAGAAGUACGACGGACACGAAGUCAAUGGUCGGAAGAUGGAGGUGCACGAGGACCGCAGAAGUCGCUCUCGGUCCAGGUCCAAAUCGAAAAGGAGCCGUAGCCGAUCCGGGGGUCGACGCUCAGCUUCUCGAUCAGCAACUCCGCCGCGCAAGAGAGCGCGCUCCGGCUCUAGAUCGAAAUCCCGGUCCCGAUCUGGCUCCCGAAACCGCUCGGUGGAAAGGGCUCGGUCCGGCUCUCGAAGUCGUAGUCGCUCCCCGGCGAGGGAGUCUCCGGAACGGAAAAACGGUUCCCGGCGGAGCGCAUCCAGGGAGAAAGCCAGCCCUCGCCGGAGUGACCGCUCACGAUCUCGCAGCGAUUCUCCGAGACCUCGAGAUGGAAGUCGAAGCCGCAGUCCUCGGGUCAGGAGUUCGUCCAAAGACGACAGGAGCGCCUCCAGAGAGAGGAGUGUGUCCAGGGAGAGAGAAGACUCCCGCGAGAGAGCUAACGGAGAUCGGGAUGAAGACGAUUAGACUGUAGAUUCCGCUGAGCAGCCCGCUGUCGAAUGUACGCCGGAACUCCGUACGUUUAUCGAUUAGGAGAAAAAUAUCCUAAACACUCAAGGUCUGCCUCACCAUUUCCUUCGAAAUAUCAGUAACUGAAAGAUCUUAAUCCGCUGAAAAGUUCAGAAUUCCAAUCUGCCUCGGUGUACCGGCAACCGCCUCCACGACGAUUAUUAGGAAGUUAUGAUUAGAAAAGAAAACCUGACUUGGACCGUGUAUAUAUCUCGUGUUGGCGAAGCCCUCUGCCAUCGAUGAUGAAUAUGGGAGCUCGCCGUAAGAGCUCAGUUCAAAGAAAAGGAAUAAAACAGCCGAGGGAGUAC